AUGGAAUGUUUAAAUGGUUUGAAAAAUCUCGGCAUUGACGUCAGCACGUGGGAUAGCAUAGUUAUUUUCAUAGUUAGUUCGAAAUUAGAUCCCGAAUCCAGAAAGCAAUGGGAGACAAAGAUUAGUAAUAAAGACGAGUUACCCGUGCUAUCGGAAUUCCGAGAGUUUUUAGAGGCCCGAUUUCGGGCGUUAGAGUUUGUUGACACAAAAUCAAGUAUACCUAAACCUAAAGUUCACCAUGUAGUCACUACCGAUAAUAAAGUCGUAGAAAAUUGUCCAUUCUGUAAGGAAAAUCAUAAAAUAUCUAGUUGUAAGAAGUUUGCUCAAGAGAGUUAUGAAUCUCGUCACAGCUUUGCACAAACCAGGCGCUUAUGUUAUAAUUGUUUAAACGCGAACCACUCUAUUAAGUUUUGUCGACACACCGCGACGUGUCGUAUAUGUAAAAAAAGGCAUCACUCACUAUUACAUCCAAAUUCAGUCUCAAACUCCACAGUCGUUAGAGAAAACUCCAAUACAGCAGAUGAAGUUAAAUCAGCGGUGUCUAAUGUUCAGGCAUCGUUGUCAGUAAGCGAACCUUUAACUUCAAAUUCUAUAGUUUCACACUUUUCUAAAGGGUCAAUACCUACUCAAGUUUUGUUGGCCACUGCUCUUGUCGAAGCACAGACAAGAAGCGGGUCAACACAACUGCUGAGAGUGCUAUUGGAUCAGGGAUCUCAAGCAUCAUUCAUAGCAGAAUCAGCAGUACAGUUACUUGGACUAAAGAAAAAGCCAGUAAAGUCGGUCAUUUCAGGGAUAGGCGGUGAGAGAAGCGCUUUCGCUUCAAAGUUUACAGUCACGGUGACUAUUCACUCACGUUUAAAUCCACAGUUUAGUGUCCAAGUCCAUGCGUUCGUUUUAGGAACCAUUACCUCAGUUUUACCCUCAGAAAAAUUAGAACAGGCCCAUUGGCCCCAGCUAAAGGAAAUAACUUUAGCUGAUCCAGAGUUUCACACGCCAAGCAAGAUAGACAUCUUACUUGGUGCGGAAAUAUAUAGUCAAGUUCUUAGAGACGGUUUAAUUCAUGGUCCGCCAAACUCACCGGUAGCUCAGAAUACUGCCUUUGGUUGGAUCCUUUCUGGACAGAUAUCGUCAAACCCAGACUCCAUCCAUUGUCAUCACGUCAUUCAAAGCAGCUCAGAUCAGGCUGAUGAAAAUGCACUUUUGCGACAGUUUUGGGAAAUUGAGUCUUCUAUCCCUGAUAAGAAGAUCCUUUCUGACGAAGAACAACGUUGUGAAGAUAUUUACGCACAGACUACAUAUCGUGACCAGGAAGGUCGGUACGUAGUUAAUCUUCCCUUUCGCGAUCAAGACCCGCAGUGUAAAUACGGGGGUUCGAGAGACCUCGCAAUAAAAAGAUUUCAUCUUCUUGAAAAUAAAUUUAAGAAGAAUCCAUCAAUCAAAGCUCGAUACUCAGAUGUAUUCAAAGAAUACAUAGACCUCGGCCACAUGGAGCCUGUACACAGUGAUGAGCGUAACAUGAGUACAGCCGUGUAUCUCGCACAUCACGCUGUGGUCCGUGAGGACAAGGUCACUAGUAAGGUACGAAUAGUAUUCGACGCUUCUAUGAAAGGGUCAAAUGGAGUGUCUCUCAACGACGAUCUUAUGGUUGGUCCUAUGUUACAACCUCCUUUACGUCACAUCAUUAUGAGAUGGAGAAUGCAUCCCAUAAGUCUCUGUGCUGACAUUAUCAAAAUGUACAGACAGGUGAAGGUUUCUCCUGAGCAUGCAGAGUUUCAGCGAGUAGUGUGGCGCGAUGAUCCGGAAUCUGAAAUAAGAGAAUACAAAUUAGUAAGAGUUACAUUUGGUACAGCAGCAGCACCUUACCUUGCGGUAAAAUCCUUGCAGCAGGUGGCAGUUGAUACAUGCGAAAGUCUUCCUGAAAUAGCUGAAAUAAUAAAAAAUGAGUUUUACGUUGAUGAUUUAAUGUCAGGAUGUCAAACAGUUGAAGAAGGUUUACAUAUACAUAGAAAAUUAACAGAUGUACUUACCAAAGGACGAUUCCAACUACAGAAAUGGGUCAGCAGCUGCGAUGAAUUAAAUGAGAAAUUUCAAGAAAAUGAAGGAACUAAGAUAGGACAGGAAAGGGAAGAGGAAAAGGAAAAGAACAUUAAGUUAGACUCAGUUAUAAAAAUUUUAGGAAUUUCAUGGGAUCGAGAAAGUGAUCUGUUUAAAUAUUCAGUGCAACUUGAGCCACAGCAAACUCCAAUCACUAAGAGAAAGGUAAUAUCUGACAUCACACGCUUGUUCGAUCCGCUUGGCUGGAUGGCACCUUGCAUAAUUACUUCUAAAAUAUUCAUUCAAAAGCUUUGGCUUGCUGGCCUGGAAUGGGAUGAAGAGUUGACCCCGGAACUUCUAUCAGAAUGGGAAACUUACCGUUUAAGCCUUGUAGAAAUGAACAAAUUCAGCAUUCCCAGGUGGAUUAAAACAAAAUCUGACGAUCGAUUGGUCGAGUUGCAUGGAUUUUGCGAUGCUUCGAUUGCAGCUUAUGCAGCUGUAGUUUAUAUUAGAGUCAUCGAUGCCGACAAUUUCAUUCAUGUUAAUUUAGUUACCUCUCGUACUAGAGUUGCACCAAUCAAACAGCAGUCAGUACCGCGCUUAGAGCUGAUGGGAGCAGUGUUGCUCUCGGAACUUAUUUCUGAAGUCGCUGAAGUAUUAAAGAUCACACCUUCUCAAAUACACGCCUGGACUGACUCGUCAGUAGUCUUGGCUUGGCUAAGUAAACACCCAAGUCACUGGACAACUUUUGUUGGAAACAGAGUGUCCACAAUUCUCUCUUGCGUCGACAACUCACAUUGGGCUCAUGUCCAAUCCGCCCAUAACCCUGCCGAUUUAGCAUCCAGAGGUGUAACACCACAGGAACUUGUAAGCAGCUCACUGUGGAGUAAAGGACCGGCAUGGCUUCAUGAAGACACAAUAGAAUAUACGAGACCAAAGUCAAUUACGACCAACACGGAGCAAAGGUCAGUCAAAGUUCACGUCAUAACUGAACCUCAUCAAGGAGAUCUUUUCUGGACAAAGUAUUCGUCAUUGACAAGGUUUAUUCGGGUUAUAGCGUACUGCAGAAGAGUUUUAAGUUGGAAGAAACAUACACACGGUAAGAAGAGAUAUGAAAGGUAUCUUACUAAAGAAGAAAUAGAAGAAGCAACGAAGACAUGUAUAAGAUUGGUUCAGAGUCAAGAGUUUUUUGAAGAAAUACAGGAUAUUCGAAAGACAGGAAGUGUGAAAACAAGAAGCAAACUAAAAAGUGUCUGUCCAGUUAUAGACGAUGAAGGGAUUCUCCGUGUCAGUGGGCGCAUUCAGAAUGCUCAUUUAGACGAGUCUAUUAAACAUCCCAUCAUCCUACCGUCUGAUAGUCACUUCACUUAUCUAGUGAUCGAUGAAGCUCACAAGAAGACGCUACACGGAGGGCCAACACUGAUGUUGAGCCAUCUACGUACUAAGUAUUGGAUUCCUUCCGCUAGAACAAAGGUUAAAGGUUACGUACACAAAUGUGUAAAAUGCAAGAGGUACUCAGCUUCUAUUCAAACCCCACUUAUGGGUCAGUUACCGACCAGUCGAGUCACUCCAGCAAGACCAUUCCUAAAUAGUGGCGUGGAUUUUGCUGGUCCCAUCAGCAUGCGAACGUCAAAAGGCCGUGGCCACCAAGCUUACAAAGGUUACAUUUGUGUCUUUGUGUGCAUGGUGACCAAAGCUAUUCAUUUAGAAGCCGUUAGUGAUUUGACGUCGCAAGGUUUCAUUGCUGGCUUUAAAAGAUUCGUGUCUCGACGAGGUUUUGUUAGUAAUAUUUGGAGCGACAACGGCACCAACUUUGUUGGCGCUGCCAAAGAACUGCGGCAUUUAGUCGCUGCGGAACAAUCUUCCGUGGCUGUCGAAAUUAGAGAAUGGUUAGGCAACAAUAGUACUUCUUGGCAUUUCAUUCCUCCCCAUUCCCCAAACUUCGGUGGUUUGUGGGAGGCCGGUGUAAAGUCGACCAAAUUCCAUCUGAGGCGCGUAAUAGGUAAUUCAACACUUACGUUUGAAGAAAUGUCAACCCUUUUGUCCCAGAUAGAAGCGUGUCUUAAUUCUAGGCCGUUAUCAAUGUUGCCUGACAAUUCCAUGGAUCCAGUUCCUCUAACACCAGGUCACUUUUUGAUAGGGGAGCCUCUGAUAGCGGUGCCUGAACGCAAUUAUGAGAGUUCUAACAUUAGUAACCUAAGACGUUGGCAAGUUACACAACGCAUGUUACAAGAUUUUUGGAGACGUUGGUCAAAUGAAUACUUGGUUCAUUUAUUACAGCGUUACAAAUGGACAAAAAAUGUUCCAGAACCUGGUAUAGGAGACGUAGUUUUAGUUAAGGAGGAUAACUUACCUCCUGCUCGUUGGCUUUUGGGUAAGGUAGUGGAAAAGCACCCUGGUUUGGAUAAAGUAACACGAGUAGUGACUCUCAAGUGUAACGGAUCGUUGAUUAAACGACCGAUUUCAAAAUUGUGUAUUUUGCCAAUUGCAAAAUAA